CUUGACUCGGGAACAGGAGCCCUUCCUGGGCUUGACUUGGGAACAGGAGCCCAUCCUGGGCUUGACUCAGGAACAGGAGCCCAUCCUGUGCUUGACUGGAGAUCAGGAGCCCUUCCUGGGCUUUGCUCUAGGGCUAGGCUGACACCCUUCUCCUCACCCCUAGUUUCCUCUUAAUAACUGGGAUGUAUCUGAACGUGUCCUCUAAUUUUGAUCAGUGUUCUUUUUCAGAUAUCUCAAUUAAGUUAUUUAUACUGUGCUUCAGGAUAUAUUUAACUCAUGAAAUAUGCUAAAAAAAUGGUGCUUUUGCUCCUGUUAGGAUAACUUGAAAUAUGACUAAGUAGUGACCUGGAAAUUUAGGAAACUGUAGGUUGUUUUCUAAUUUUGAUCUCCAUAUGUCCAAACUACAGCAUGAAUGACCAGCUAUCUUACUGCUAUUUUAAAACUUAAUACACUCUAGCCUAAGUGGAUUUGCACUCAAAUAGCUUCAACGUUAUACUGUAAAUUUGAACAACGCCAGGUUUGUUUUAUGAAGAAUUGUUAUGAAGAUGUAAUCAUCGCAUACAGCAGGUAAAGAGACCAGUAGAGGGAGGUGUGUGUUAAUGGGGAUGUUGUAGAAGGGCUGAAUCAUUUUUGUGUGAUACCUCCUACGUGAAGUCAAAGCAUAUGACAAAAAGAGGAAACAGAUGAGCAAACACAACAUUCAUUUGGUCUGUAGCCAAAGGAGACAUUUAUUAUUAAGUCAAUGUGCUGGCUGGCGGGGAAGACUAUAACCUACUUUAUAGACCUGCCCUAUGUCAAAUCACUCCAUGGAGGGGAUUUACCUCAGCUCUCACUUGGAGAACAUCCUGCUCACAACCUUCUACAUUGUCAUCUUCAUCCUCUCAGUCCCGAGUAACGCCCUGGCACUUUGGGUGUUCUGCCACCGCAACACCAACCACACCCCUUCCAAAGAGUUUCUGAAGCACCUGGCUAUAGCGGACAUGUCUUACGUCUUGGUGCUCCCCAUGCGAGUGAUCUACCACAUGUCAGACAAUCACUGGCCUCUUGGUGAAUGGGCCUGCCGCGUGGUUGGUUUCCUGUUCUUCGUCAACCUCUACUGCAGCAUGUGCUUCAUGACUUGUAUCAGUGUAGACCGUCUGUUGGCUUGUGUUGUACCACACAAAACUCACAAUCUGAGAAAGACCAGGAACGCCAAAGUGGUAUCUGCAGUGCUGUGGGUCAUGGUGACUAUUUCCAUGUUGCCUGUCCUAUUCUCUAAAAAAGAAGUAACUCGACAAAUUGUGAAUGUGACAGUGUGUGAAAAGCUGUACAUAGAGAAGUCCUCCAAUCCCACCGGUGCGUUGGUGUCUACUGCUAUUGCAUUUGUGAUACCUCUGGUCAUCCUGAGCAUUUCUUAUAUUCUCAUAUUUGCCAAAGUAAAACAGAUGACUUUUCAAGAAAGGACGCCUGCUCAGCAUAAGGCAAUGAGAAUGAUCGUUCUAACCGUGGUUAACUUCUUGAUUGCAUUUGUGCCCUAUCAUAUCAACCGAUUUGUAUUUAUCCUACAGCAUGAUGACAUGUCAAGGUCAGAAUCCGAAAGACAAAUGUUGCAUUUAGGAAAUCGCAUCACCUCAGCUUUAACAUGCAUAAGUGGCGUGUUGGAUCCUGUCAUGUACUUCUUUCUGGCAAGAAAUUACCAAAAGACCCUGCUGCAUCUUUGUGGGAGAAACCCUAAAGAUGAGCAAUCCACCACAUGAUCGAAGAAUAAAUGCAACAACGACAUCUCAGCUGAUAACUACAGACAUACUGAAACUUAGUAUCUGUAAAAAAAUGGUUUAGUGUGAAAGUAGAAGUGGAAAGGAACCUCUUGAACCAUGAAGUGCAGUUUGAUUCCUUCUAAAACAUGUAUGAAUGACUUGUGUUUGUGUUUAUUUUACUUUUUAUUCUGUCAACAUUAAUCAAAUAAUUUAACAUAUAUAUAUAUUUUUUGUGUGUGAAUACUUUCAGUUGUUCAAAAUAUGAACAAAUAAAAUAUUCUUUUGAAAUCUCAUAUCUUUUAAGGUCCCAACAAACACAUUUUACACACCAGAGCUUUUAAAAAUAUAAAACU